AUUAUGGCAAGGCUGACGUGGUUUAUUGUGCCAAGGUAGGCCGUAUCCCUUGUUUAAACGUCCAUGCAUAGACUCAUCACGUGGGCAUCUCCUUGAGCGCAAACUGUAAUCGAUAGGGAUUGUAUCAUACUCACAAACACGGAGCAUUGUUUUGGUUUACAGCUACUGGAUUUAAAAGUGGAGAAGAAAAAACUUUGCACCCACUUCACAUUCAUCGGCUUGGUAUCACAUUGGAUUCUAACAUAUUUUGAAAAGAUAAUCGAAUGCACUGAUACAUGUUUUAUUUUCAUGGGUUGCACUUUUGCAAGCAGGGCUAUCGACGGGACAAGCCUGCCUUGGUGGUUACCGAGCAUGCGAAAUGGGGUCAUAUGCUGACGGGGCUUGUUUUGAACUCCGGACUGAAUAAUAACAGUUGUAUUUUUAAAUACAAGUACUAUUUAAAAUUCCAAAAUGGCUAGCCCAACUACAGAGCAACAGGGUUGUUUUUCAGAUGUAAGAAAGGUGGGUUAUUUAAGGAAACCUAAAAGCAUGCACAAGAGGUUUUUUGUCCUGCGGGAUGCUAGUGCUGCAGGACCCUCCAGGUUGGAGUACUACGAAAAUGAAAAAAAAUGGAGACACAAGUCCGGGGUGCCUAAAAGGUCAAUCCUGCUGGAGAGCUGCUUCAACAUAAAUAAAAGGGCAGAUUCAAAAAACAAAUACCUGGUGGCUCUUUACACCAAGGAUGAGUAUUUCUCUAUUGCAGCGGACAGCGAGCAGGAACAAGACAGGUGGCACCAAGCACUAGUGGACCUACACAACAAAGGUAAAGUUCAUGAUGCUGCUGUUGGUGGCAGUGGGAUGGCAGAGGAGAAUUAUGGAGAAGAAACCAUGCCAGAACCUGCCUUUAAAGAAGUCUGGCAAGUUAUUUUGAAACCAAAGGGCCUGGGACACACCAAAAAUUUUAUUGGGAUUUACAGAUUGUGCCUAACAAAUAAAACCAUCAGCUUUGUGAAAUUGAACUCCGACGCAGCGGCGGUCGUGCUGCAAUUAAUGAAUAUAAGGCGAUGCGGUCAUUCAGAGAAUUUAUUUUUCAUUGAAGUGGGAAGAUCCGCAGUCACAGGACCAGGGGAAUUUUGGAUGCAAGUGGACGACUCUGUUGUUGCUCAAAAUAUGCAUGAAACCAUCCUGGAGGCGAUGAAAGCGAUGAGUGAGGAAUUUCGUCCCCGGAGCAAAAGCCAUUCCUCGUCAAACUGCUCCAACCCAAUCUCUGUGCCUUUGAGAAGGCAUCACCACAACAACUUGCCACCUAGCCAAGUGGGACUGGGAAGGAGGUCCCGGACUGAGAGUGUGACGGCCACCUCGCCUGCUGGCCCGGGAAAGCACAGUCAUUCAUUCAGAGUGAGAGCCUCUAGUGAUGGCGAAGGAACCAUGUCCAGACCAGCCUCAGUGGAUGGGAGCCCCUGUGCUGCCAGGACACAAUCUCACAGACACAGAGGGGCCUCCCGCCUCCACCCUCCCCUCAACCACAGCAGGUCUAUCCCCAUGCCCUCUUCGCGCUGCUCCCCCUCAGCAAUCAGCCCAGUUAGCCUGUCCUCCAGCAGUACGAGCGGGCACGGCUCCACUUCAGACUGUCUCUACCCCUGCCGCUCCAGUGCCUCCAUAUCUGGCUCUCCUAUUGACGGGGGAUUCAUUUCCUCUGAUGAGUAUGGAUCCAGCCCCUGUGACUUCAGGUGCUCCUUCCGCAGUGUCACACCUGACUCCUUGGGUCACACACCGCCCGCCAGGGAGGAAGAACUCAACAACUACAUCUGCAUGGCGAAGUCUGCAACUCUUCUGAGGGGCCACUGUGGCUGCAGCCCCCACCCCCAUGGCACGCCAUCCCACCUGGACGAGCCUGAGCUGGAGAAGUGCUUCAGGAAACGGACACACUCCUCGAGCACAUCUCCCCUGACAGUGUGCCACCAGAAGACCCCCUCUCAGUCCUCCACAGUAUCGCUGGAGGAGUACACAGUAAUGCAGCCUGCAUACUCGUCAUGCAGCCGAGCAUCCAGCUACAGGCACUCUGCCUUCAUGCCCACACACUCAUACCCAGAGGAGGGCAUAGACAUCUCCUUAGAGGGCAACAGGGUGAGCCAAAAAGAUGAUGGCUACAUGCCCAUGACCCCAGGUGUGGCACCUGCCACAGGUAAAAGUGCCGACUACAUGCCCAUGAGCCCCAAAAUUGUGUCAGUGCCACAGCAGAUUAACUCCCACCAGCACCCCAAAAUGGACUCCAAUGGGUACAUGAUGAUGUCACCCAGCGGGAGCUGCUCACCAGACACCACAAACUACGGUCAAAUCUGGACCAAUGGGGUCAACCCUAAGCUGUCUGUCCAGAGCACGGAGGAUAAAUUGUUGUCGCGCGGGGAUUACAUGAACAUGUCACCGGCGAGCUGCUCCAUGACUAGCACGCCGCCAGACUGCUACAUCAACCUGGUAGAGGAUCCACCCAAGUCCAUGUAUGCCUACUUUUCUUUGCCUCGCUCUUUUGAACACAGUCACAGGAAGCUGGACCAGAACCCCCUUCACCUUUCGCUCAGCUCUGGACACCUGGCCUUCGGACACUCUUUAGCCUCCUCCACGAGCAGCGACCGUCUGAUGGGACAGGGCUACAGUGGUCAGCCCGUGGUCAAGCCCAAGAUAGCUGAUGUGGACAGCAGGCUGACCAGGCCCACGCGCCUCUCUCUGGAGGGCAACAAAGCCAGCACCCUGCCUCGCACCCAUGAGUGCCCCUUCCCUGCAGAUCCCAAGAGCCCCGGGGAGUAUGUCAACAUAGAGUUCAACGACAAGGCCUUCUCAGCUGGCUUGGCCACUCACUUCUCCCCUGUGUUCCCAGGGAGUGGCCCAGAGAGCCUAGCAGAGAUUUCCUCAGACUACAUGAACAUGCACCUGGGUGCUCAGGGCAGGGGCAUUCCCAGCUGGGCAGCCAAACCCCUAGCCUCCUGCACAGAUGGCUAUACUAUAGUGGCCCCUGUGGCUCCCUCCUCCUCUGUGAUCCCCUGUGAGAACCUCUGUAGACGGGACUACAGCAGGGCACAGACUGACUACUCUGACACACAGAUGAUUCUGAACGCUCCGAUGUCGACCAUUGAUGUCACCCCCUUCUCUGUGUCCCCUCCAAGCCAAGACCUGUCUGUGCUGGGUGCGGGUCCCAGUGCUGUGCCCUUAGGACUAAUGGGCCCUCUCUCUGGGCUGAGUGCUUUCACCAGGGUUAACUCUAGUUUCAUCUGGAACCAGGGAGCUAAAUUGAUCUGCGCUGACCAGCAGGGCCGGCGCCGGCACAGCUCCGAGACCUUCUCUUCCACGAGAGUCCUGGUCAGCGCUGCCUCGCCCUCCGUGGAGGAAGUGAAACGUCACAGCUCCUCCUCUUUCGAGAAUGUGUGGCUGAAGCCGGGAGAAUCCCCAUUAUCUGCCAACGGGAGGAGAGAAAGCCCAUCAGGGCCCAGCUCUAACGGACAGAACCAGAACAGGCUGAACUACAUCGACCUGGACCUGGCUCAGGACCAGAACCUCCCAGAGUGGAGUUCCCUCUGGGCCAGAGCCAGGGACACGCAAGGUGGGAGUGCCCCAGAGGACCUGCGCGCCUAUGCCAGCAUUAGUUUUCAGAAAGCAGACGAGUCGAGGAUGAACCCCGCUCACAGAGAAGGUAAGACUGUCCACUCCCCGUAGCAUCUUUUCAUAACAAUUCUGAAUUUGUUAGUGUGUGUGCGUUGCAUGUCUGUGGGUGGAGUCAGAGUUUGUGUGUUAGCCCUCGGAAAUGUUGAGCCUAUUUCCAUGAAAAUACUUGUGGUAUUCAUGUUUCAUCAUUGUGCAUACCACCAUUCAGAUUACUGUAUGGAUGAAACAUGAAGUCCCAAGUUUAUAAGCAUGCACAUUGAAAGCAGAAAACAUACUGUACUCAGUCAGUUCCAGACCUGGGUGAUUCCCUUAAGCUGGCCCACUCAUAAGAGGUUUCUCAGGAGCCAGAAUUAGUUUAUUUUGCAAUGUAAUACAUGACUAUAUGAGCUUGACUUUCUACUGAGCUACUCUACUGAGCUCCAAUCAGUGUAGCACAGUUUCAUAUAGGUAAACUAAGUAUUCAUAUCUUUAUUUUUUAAACAAGCCUUAGAAAGUUGGUUGCAAUUUCAGUUUAAUCCACCUGAAAAGACAGAACAAAUAAUACAACAAAUAUUGUGGUUAAAUUCAAAUAUAGUAAUUGAUAAAAAAAAAAAAAAAUUCGAA